CGGUUUCAUUUCCGCCGGUUUGCGGUGCAGUUCUCUCUGCCCUCCCCAGAAAAUUUUUCUCCGAUCGCCGGCGAAAGCUGUGUUAAUCCCCGUUUUACCCUGCCGUUCCUCGUUAUUUGCAUUCUAAACCCUCCGGAUUGCUGUUGUUUCGACUCAUCUGGUUGCCAUUUCCGUUCGUGUUAGCUUGCUAGGGUUUGGAGAGGGAGGCGAGGAGGAUAAUCAGCGGAGGAAAGGUUGUGGAAGAAAUGGCGCAGAUUCAGAUGCAGCAUCAGAGUCCGGUGCCGGCGCCUAACGGAGUGCCGGCGGCGAGUGCUGUUGCCGGCGCCGCCGUCUCUAUCGCUGCUGCAGCUCCUGGGGCUGGGGUUGCGAGCCAGUUCACUACGACGUCGUUGUAUGUUGGGGACCUGGAGCCCACCGUGACAGACUCGCAGCUCUAUGAUGUGUUCAACCAGGUUGGUCAGGUGGUUUCGGUUAGGGUUUGUAGGGAUCUCAGCACUCGCCGAUCCCUCGGCUAUGGAUACGUCAACUAUAGCAAUCCUCAGGAUGCGGCAAGGGCACUGGAGGUUUUGAACUUCACGCCUCUCAACGGCAAGUCGGUUAGGGUCAUGUAUUCUCAUCGUGACCCUAGUCUACGUAAGAGUGGAACUGCAAAUAUAUUUAUCAAGAAUUUGGACAAAUCAAUUGACAACAAAGCCUUGUAUGAAACUUUUUCAAGCUUUGGCAACAUCCUCUCAUGCAAGAUAGCAACUGAUACUAACAGCCAGUCUAAAGGAUAUGGUUUUGUUCAAUUUGACAAUGAAGAAUCGGCUCAAAAUGCCAUAGAUAAGUUGAAUGGCAUGCUAAUUAAUGACAAGCAAGUCUAUGUUGGACAUUUUCUUCGUAAGCAGGAAAGAGAAACUUCAACUGUUAAGACAAAAUUUAACAAUGUUUUUGUGAAGAAUCUAUCAGAAUCCACAACAGAUGAGGAUCUGAAUAAAACUUUUGGUGAAUUCGGGACAAUUACUAGUGCAGUAGUGAUGAGGGAUGCAGAUGGCAAGUCCAAGUGCUUUGGGUUUGUCAAUUUUGAAAAUGCAGAUGAUGCUGCUCAAGCAGUUGAAGCUUUAAAUGGGAAGAAAUUUGAUGACAAAGAGUGGUAUGUUGGGAAAGCUCAAAAAAAGUCAGAAAGGGAGCAAGAAUUAAGAAGUAAAUUUGAGCAGACUGCAAAGGAAACAGUGGACAAAUAUCAAGGCGCAAAUUUGUAUGUCAAAAAUUUGGAUGAUAGUAUUGAUGAUGACAAGCUAAAGGAGCUCUUCAAUGAUUAUGGUACAAUAACAUCAUACAAGGUUAUGCGGGAUCAGAGUGGAAUUAGCAGAGGAUCAGGAUUUGUUGCCUUCUCAGCUCCUGAGGAAGCUUCUAGAGCUCUUACUGAGAUGAAUGGAAAAAUGAUAAUCAGCAAGCCACUUUAUGUUGCAAUUGCUCAGCGGAAAGAAGAGAGAAAGGCAAAGUUGCAGGCGCAGUUUCAACAGAUGCGACCAGUUGCAGUAACACCAGCUCUCGCUCCCCGAAUGCCGAUGUAUCCUCCUGGUGCACCAGGUAUUGGCCAGCAACUCUUUUAUGGCCAAGCUCCACCUGCUAUGAUUCCUCACCAGGCCGGAUUUGGAUACCAGCAGCAGCUUGUGCCCGGAAUGCGGCCAGGAGGAGCUCCAAUGCCAAACUUUUUUGUGCCAAUUGUCCAACAGGGUCAGCAAGCCCAGCGUCCAGGUGGCAGGCGUGGAUCUGGACCAGUGCAACAAGCUCCGCAGACUAUGCCCUUGAUGCAACAGCAGAUGCUCCCAAGGGGAAGGAUGUAUCGAUUUCCCCCUGGCCGGAAUGUGCCAGAGGUGCCAGUGCCCGGUGUGGGUGGAGGUCUUCUUUCUGUUCCUUAUGAUAUGGGCGGUGUUGCACUUCCUCGAGAUGGUUCUUUGGGACAACCUGUACCAAUUACAGCACUCGCAAGUGCCCUUGCAAAUGCACCGCCUGAGCAACAGAGGACAAUGCUUGGCGAGAAUUUGUACCCGCUUGUUGAUCAACUGGAGCACGAGCACGCAGCCAAGGUUACAGGCAUGCUUCUGGAGAUGGACCAAACCGAGGUCCUCCAUCUGCUCGAAUCACCAGAAGCUUUGAAAGCCAAAGUCGCGGAGGCUAUGGAAGUUCUGAGGAAUGUUCAACAGGCUAACAGCCCAGCAGACCAACUUGCUUCACUUUCCCUCAACGACAGCCUUGUGUCCUCCUAGGCUAGGCGCAGUCAAAAACUGUAUCUGCUUGGGUGUGAAGAGAAGAGUAGAUUUUUUAUUUUUAUUAUAGUACCAAGUAUUAAUCUUGGUAUAUUAUCUCCUAGGAUUUUCAAUGCGAAUAGCCAUAUCCACUUUUAGAUAAAAAAAUUUUGGAUCUAGAAAUUGUUUCCACCAUUUAUAUUAUUAUUAUUAUUAUUAGUUCUAGGUUCUGAAGAGUCU